AUGGCCGAUGUGCUGAGCUUCCUGAAGACGAUCUUGGAGGCCGGGUUCAAGGUAACGAGCGCGCUGGAGAAGGCCGACCACAAUGCGGAGGACUGCCGCAGGAUCCGUGAGCUCCUGCACACACUGAGUGCCAUCGCCAAGUACCUGGAGCUGGAGGACAACACGAUGGGGGACACGACGAAGGGCCUGGAGGAGGCCCUCCAGCGCGCGUCCAAGAUCGUCAGUAAGUGCGAGCGCAAGACCUUGGUGAGCCGUGCCUUCAAGGCCGAUGACAUCGCCGAUAAGCUGCGCGGGGUUUGCAUUGAUAUUUUGCUGAAUUUGAAUGCGGUGCUCCUUGUCAACGUGGUCGACAUCAAGAAGAUUCUUACCCAUAAUAGCUCAAUGUUGGCCAAGCUUUUGGAAAUCUGUGCUGCUUAUCCCGAUGUUCAUCUGCGACGACGAGAGAUGGAUAGAUUGGUGCAGACCUACCUUAAUUCAACUGAUAAUACUAGGUCUCAAAAUAAAAACAAAAGGAAGACAAAGGAAACAGUUGUUGCCAGACCGGAAUUUAAGACAGAGAAAGACAAUGCACCAAUGGAUAGCAAGGUGCCACGUGCUUCCUUAUCAGACGGCUCAGACAAGUCUAUUCCAGUGAAAAGUGUGAUCGGACAAGGUGGCCCUAGCAUUGUCAACAAGGCACAUAGCAGCAACCCAACUGGUGGUGAUGGUUCUAGCAAAAAAAAGAAAAAGGAGAUAAAGAGAGUAGAUGGACCUAACACUACAAGGCCGCAAGUUAAGAUUGAGACAAACAAUGAACCAGCAGAUAGGAAGGGGCCACGUGCUUCCUUAUCAGUUUGCUCAGCCAAGUCUACUGCGCUGAAAAGUGUGAUUGGUCAAGGUGGCCCUAGUAUUGUCUACAAGAUCAUAUCAAGAUUAUCCGAGAAUAUGACCGCGGUGACAUCCAUUGACGUACACCCCACCAAGACAUGGAUCGUGAUGAGUUAUGAGGGAGGGAAGGUUUCCAUUUGGGACUACCAGGAGAAGAAAACUGUGAUGGAGUUGCAGGUCAAUGAGGUGCCAGGCAAGUUUGCACGUCUCGCGCAUGACAUUUCUCAAAACUUCAAAGAGACGGGUGUCCCGCAUUCAGUUUGUUCAGCCAAAUUUAUCGCUCGAGGGAAAUGGCUGGUAGUGGGAAAUGGUGAUGGAUACAUAUAUGUCUACGCUUGCACUGACACUAAACUGAAGGAGGCCAAGAAAUUCAGAGCUCAUGGCAACUCUGUCGACUUGUUGGCUGUCCACCCAACCAAGCCGUACCUUCUUUCAUCAUCUGCUCAUGGCAAAACGAUCAAGCUUUGGGACUGGAGCAGUGACCCUAGCAUGGACUGGGUGCGACUUAAAACAUUUGAUGUGAAACCUACAUAUCCGGAUGGAGUGCACAGUCUCAAGUUUAAACCAAGGGACACCAACACUUUUGCUUGUGUUACCUAUGAGAAUAAAGUAAAGGCUGGGAACAUUGAAAAUUCUUCCCGUCUUACCACCAAACUGAUGGGGCCAUUCAAAGCUGAUUAUUGCUUCUCUCACAAUCAUUUGCACUUGAUGGUUACUUUGAGCCCAACAUCAGCCGAAGUCCAGAUAUUGGAUUUGGAGACAAGAAAAGUUUAUCACACUCUUAGCCUGGGUGGGCGCAAAAGCAAAACAACCUGCAUUGCUUGCCACCCAACGCUUCCAAUACUGGUUACCACGUUAGAUGACGGGACUGUAUGUUUUUGGGAUGCCAUUACCUACAGGCUUGAGCAAACAGUUCAGAUUACGGACAGCCGUGCUCUCGAUUUGGUUUUCAUCGCCGAUAUUAAUGACACGGCAAGGCUCGUUGUUAAGUUUGAGUCUAUGAUGAUCCACCACGGGAUGCAAGCUCUAUUGUGCUUCGGCCUCGUCGAGGCACUCGUUGGUUUCUACGUGUCGUGUGACCCUCCACAUCGCCGGGCCAUAGGCAUGACAACUCUUUGCAUCUCCCUGCUGCCUAGGGGCGGGUCCAACGUGCGGGCCGUGGGGGCUCAAGCCCCCUACCCGCUAGAGCUCCAGGAAUUGAAAGAAGAAAAGGGAGAUGAAGAAGAAGAGUGGACGCCGGAGAAAGAAGGGAUAUGA